AUGGCCACUCAGCAUCACCCCAUCUACGACGUCUUUGCACGUGUCGAGGACAACUUUGGCAAGACAGACCUGGGCUCUUCGCGGUGGUACAUUGCCACCAUUGCCGCCCUUGUAGGCGGCAACGACCCGGACCUGUGCGCCAAUCUCUACACCUACCUCCUCACCAAGCCCGAGUUCUCGACCCCGCCGCAGCGCCAGGUCCUCGUCCGUCGUCUGCGCGAGGCCCUCGUCAAGUCCAUCAGCAUCAUCGGCGUGUGCAAGCCCCUCGAGGCCAUCAUGGCCAUCAACAGGUGCGAGAGAGACGAGGACAAGGACAGGAGCGCCACUCGCGAGGGCUGGCAGUGCGACGAGGCGAACCGCCAGCGCGGCCAGGACUGGCUGGGCACGCUCUACACGCGCGACGCGAGCCAGACGCUGGGCCUGUUCGACGAUCACAGGGACUUUCAGUGGGUUACCGAGAGGAUCACGUACGGCCUGUACCUGAGUGAUCGACAGGUGCUGGAUGAUGUGGAGACGGAGAUGGUCGUGCUGCCUGGCAUCAUGAUCCAGAACUUGAGGACGGAGACGCACUGGCAUAUCCGGGGGACGCGGCGCCUGGGUGUCUCGGCGCACGACGUGAAGCUCGUGUGGGACUCGGUGCAGUUGGUUGCGGAGUAUCUGGGGCUGAUGUUGAACCGGGUGCCUACCGUGGAGCAGGUCGAGGGCGAUGUCUAG